AAAAAUAAUUGUCAACAAAUGCCAUAAGUCAUUGCGAAAAUUGGUCGUUUGAUUCACAUUCUUUGAAAAUAAUUGAUAUGUAGGUUGUGGCCGUAAUAAUAUAGCAUUAAAUUUUCAGCGAAUUAAAGACUAAUGAUAUCAGUAAUUUAGUUAAAAUGUCUACCCCGCCGCCCCAGCAGCCUCAGGCACGGCGAUCCGCUGGAGACAGUAAGAAGAAUACCCCACCCGCCCCACCGGCAUCAAACAUAGUCACUAGAAAUGGUGCCCGCAAAGCGAAAAUUCAGACACGAGCUAUGUCGUCAGGAGCUAAACCUUCGGCGUCAGUGGCCUCGGUGAAGCGGAGAGCACAGCAGAAGAAGAAGCACUGUGUCGAUACCAUGCUCCGGGACCAUUAUCAAAUUGCAAUGGAUUCCAAGACCAAAGUGAAGGGGCCUACUGGGUUCGUGACGGAGCCCCGCAUGGCGGAGCACCGCUGCCUCUGGGACGACAACUAUCCGGAGUGCCCAGAGAGAUUGACUAGUGUCAUUAAUAGAUGCCAAGAAUUGAACCUGAUAGGGCAGUGCAAGCAGUUCGAGCCCCGGCCGGCGACGAAGGAAGAACUGAACACCAUGCACUCGCCGUCGGUCUUCGAGCUACUUGAGACCACCCACCGGAACCAGGACUUGCAGUAUUUGGAGGAGGUCUCUUCGAGAUACGACGCCGUUUAUAUACACCCGAGCACCCACGAGUUGGCCCUUUUAUCUGCCGGCUCAACCAUCGACAUGGUUGACCGUAUAGUGACCGGUGAAAUCCAAAAUGGCGCCGCGUUCGUCCGGCCGCCCGGGCACCACGCCAUGCGCGCUGAGCCGUGUGGAUACUGCUUCUAUAAUAACGUAGCGUUGGCUGCUAAACAUGCGAUCGAGAAACGAGGUCUAAACAGGAUAUUAAUCGUAGAUUGGGAUGUGCAUCACGGGCAAGCCACGCAGCAGAUGUUCUACGACGAUCCAAGGGUGGUAUAUUUCUCGAUCCACCGCUACCAGCACGGCGCCUUCUGGCCGAGCCUCCGGCAGUCCGACUACCAGUACACGGGCUGCGCGCGCGGGGCCGGGCACACGUUCAACGUGCCGCUCAACAAGACCGGCAUGGCCGAUGCCGACUACAUCGCUAUAUGGACGCAGUUGCUGUUACCAAUGGCUCUUGAGUACCAACCCGAGCUGAUCAUUAUAUCCGCCGGAUACGACGCUGCGGUCGGCUGCCCCGAGUUCUCGCCACAACUGAUAGUCGUGUCGGCCGGGUACGACGCCGCGUUGGGCGAUGAAAAGGGCGAGAUGGAAGUGACCCCAGCAUGCUACGCGCACUUCCUCAACAUGUUGAUGUCCGUCUGUCCGUCCGUGUGUGUGGUGUUGGAGGGGGGGUACUGCCUGCCCUCGCUGGCAGAGGGCGCGGCGCUCACGCUCCGGACACUGUUGGGACAUUCCCCACCCGCGCUGGAGAAGACUGGAGAACCGAGUGAUGAAAUACGGGACACGAUCCUAAACUGUAUAUACGCACACAAGCAACACUGGCGUUGCUACAACUACCAACACACGUACAGCACCGACGGCGUGCCCAACGUGUGCGACAGAGCGAAACAGAAGCAUACCGUCUCCGUCAGGUGGGAGGGAGACGAAACUAGGCCCGAGCGGUUUUUAACUAGGGACUGCUAUCCGGUGCAAGAUAAUGAGACGAAGAGGAAGAUUAUGGAGCGGCUGAAUCAUUUGAGACUAGUUACCGAUCUAACGAUACCUCAACACGCAGUACACUACAUUUUCGAUCAAGCAAUGUUAAAACACAAAAAUAUAUGCGAACCUGGCCACGUGGAAUGUCCGGAGCGUAUACAGAGGAUACAUGAAAGGCAUAGAGACUUCGGUCUGUUAGAGCGAGUGCACCAACUGACCGCUAGGACGGCUACAGAUGAAGAAAUAUUAGCUGUGCAUACUGUCAAACAUCUUAACAGAUUAAAAGAGUUGGCGUCAACGAAGCUGCGGGAUUUGAACAAUCAGAAAGAACAGUUCGACUCCGUGUACUUCCACCCCGACUCGCUAGAGAGCGCUGCUGUCGCCACUGGCUGUGUUUUACAGAUGGUAGACACAGUUCUCCCCGGCGGCGGGGCCGGCGUGUGCGUGGUGCGCCCGCCCGGCCACCACGCCGACGACGACAUCCCCAGCGGCUUCUGUCUCCUGAACAACGUGGCUGCGGCCGCCAGGCACGCCGUGGACAACCAUGGGCUCAAACGGGUGAUGAUUCUAGACUGGGAUGUGCACCAUGGCAAUGGGACGCAGAGGAUUACUUACGGAGAUAACAAGAUCCUAUACAUGUCCAUCCACCGGUACGACCACGGCUCGUUCUUCCCGCACUCGAAGGACGCGGACCACACCGCGGUGGGCGAGGGACGAGGGGAGGGCUUCAACGUCAAUGUCCCCUGGAACAAGCGCGGCAUGGGCGACACAGAGUACAUGGCGGCGUUCACGCAAAUCGUCCUUCCGAUAGCGUACGAGUACAACCCCUCGCUCGUGCUCGUGUCCGCCGGCUUCGACGCCUGCGUCGGCGACCCGCUCGGAGGUUGCAAAGUGUCCCCCGAAUGCUACGGGCGCAUGACGCAACUGCUGCGCGGGCUAGCGGGCGGCCGCGUCGUGCUCUGCCUCGAGGGCGGGUACAACAUCACCAGCAUCUCGCACGCCAUGACGCAGUGCACCAAGGCGCUGCUCGGAGACCCUCUCUGCCACCACUACGAUAACACACCCACCAACCCGUCAGCCAUCGACACUAUCAAUGACGUCAUCACCACACACAAGAAGUACUGGAAGAGUUUGAAGUUCCAGCUAGCUUUACCGGCUGAAAACGUCCUAGAGGACCCUCUGCCUAGCCGCGGCUUAACUAUAACCGAGGAAGACAAAUCUGAGACGAGCUUUGAUUCUAGCAAAGAUGACACUAUUGAGGCGCUCGCUUCUUUAACUAUAAAGUCGGAUACUUCGAUAAAAUCUCCAGAUGUCUCGGUGAAGUGUUCCGAUGGCAUCCAUUGUGGCACCGACGACGAGGACCCGGAGCAUUCAAAGAAUACUUCAUCUAAGACUAGUAUUCCGGAACCUCAAGCGGGCUCAUCUAAAAGUGAACCGCCCAAGCAAACGUUAGUGGACUAUUUAGCGGAGAACAUGCAAGCUAUAGCGGACGGUGAGAUGUUUGCAGUGAUACCUCUCCCGUGGUGCCCACAUAUAGACGGUCUGAGUGAGUUGCCGGCAGAUGUGAAGUUCGAACAUGGACUGAAGUGCAGUGAGUGUGAUGAGACGAGCGAGGUGUGGGUGUGCCUGCAUUGUUACAUAAGAGCGUGCGGCCGCAGCGUCAACGCGCACAUGGAGUCGCAUUACGCGUCCUCCUCGCACCCGCUAGUGCUGUCCCUCUCCGACCUCUCCGUGUGGUGCUACGAGUGCGACGCGUACGUCGACAAUCCCCGUCUCUUUCCCGCCAAGGACAACGCGCACUUCCACAAAUUCAAUGAACAUAUGCCUUAUUGUUAUAGAAGUGAUACGUUACAUAUGGAGUGAACGAUAUAUCUGAGAGACUACAUAUUAUAAGC